CACAUGCAUUGAUUGAUUGAGAGAGAGAGAGAGAGAGAAUGGAGGUUCCAGAGUUCUUGAGGGACGACAAACUGAGCGAAGAAAGCAAGAAUCUGAUAUCGAGACUUGCAAAGGACAAGAACUUUCAGGGAACAGACAUAUGCAACUACAAAGGAUGUUGGUACUUUUUCAACGCACUUCAAGGCAUCCUUCAUGCCCAAACCCAUUUCCACCCUCAGGAUUCCGAUGUAUUCCUCUCCUCCUUCCCCAAAUCAGGCACCACUUGGCUCAAAGCCCUAGUUUUCGCCCUUAUCCACCGGCACAAUCACCAUCAUCAUCAUCACCAUCCUCUUCUCGCUCGAAACCCUCACGACCUCGUUCCCUUCCUCGAGCUUCGCUUGUAUUUCAAGAACCAAAUCCCCGAUCUCUCCGGUUUCCCAUCUCCAAGGCUCUUCGCAACCCACAUGCCUUUCCCAAUGCUACGUGAAACCAUCAAGGGUUCCCCUUCCAAGAUCGUCUAUAUCUGUAGGGAUCCGAAAGAUACGUUGGUUUCGGCUUGGCAUUUCUACGGCAAGUUACAACGCCAAGAAAUAAGGCUGGAGACCGUGUUCGACUCCUACUGCAGAGGAGUUCAUGCCUGGGGACCCUUUUGGGACCACGUCCUGAGCUACUGGAAAGAGAGCGUCAAGAACCCUAAGCACGUGUUUUUCAUGAGGUACGAGGAAUUGCAAGCGGAUCCGACAGUUCAGUUGAAGAGACUCGCCGGUUUCUUGGAAUGUCCCUUCACGGAGGAAGAGGAGAAGAGUGGAGCGGUGGAUCAGAUCUUGAAGCUAUGCAGUUUUUCUAGUCUGAGCGGCUUGGAGGUGAACAAGACCGGGAAAACGCCUUCGGACAUCGAUUUCAAGACCUUGUUCCGGAAAGGCGAAGUCGGAGACUGGGCCAAUUACCUCACUCCCGAGAUGGGGAAGAGAAUCGACGACAUCGUGGAAGAUAAACUACGAGGUUCCGGUUUAACAUUCCUAUAAACAUCAGCAUCGUCUUAAUCCUAAAACAUCCCACAUCGAACAAAGGUAAUCCCACCAUAAGAGAAUAUGCGUAUUUCUUGUGAGUUCUUGAUGGUUGUUCUUCGUAUUUUCCUUUUGCAUCCCUUAUAUAAAGUUUGAAUGCGUGUGUGAAUCUUUGUUAAUUAAGAGUUGAUUUUGUCA